UUAAUUAUAACGUAUAACGGACUCAUAUUGGAACGUUGUAUACAAGGUAAAAGUGAUUUGAAUGAGAAUCUAAAAUUCAAUGGCACUUAAUAGCGAAUGGAGGGUUCUUAGUUCUUCCACCUAACCUCUCGUGUAUUGUAUAAAAGGGCGUCCUAGUCGUACCCGAAGACAGCAGAAAUUAAGUAUCAGUGGCAGAAGGGAAAAUGGAGAUGGGUGUGGUUCUGGUGGUAAUGAGCAUGGUGUGCGCAGUUGGUGUGGCACAAACACAAUCAAGUUGCACAAGUGUGUUAUUGAACCUAUCACCGUGCCUGGACUACAUCUCCGGGAACUCCUCCACCCCAUCUUCAUCAUGCUGCACACAGCUUGCCACUGUGGUGAGGUCCCAACCCCAGUGGCAGUGCCUGUGUCAGGUUCUUAACGGAGGAGGAUCUUCACUCGGACUCAACAUCAAUCAAACCCAAGCUCUCGCUUUGCCUUCUGCUUGCAACAUCCAAACCCCACCCAUCUCUCUCUGUAAUGGUGCUUCGCCAGCGGAAUCUCCUAAUUGGAAUCCCUCAGGAAACGUGCCAACCACAGAUAAUGCCUCCUCCUCCUCCACUCUCAACCUAUCCAUUCCUCUGCUGUUAUUGCUUCUUGCAGUUGCACCAACAUAUGCUUCAACCUUCGGAACACUCCUUCUUUAAUCCCUCUACGAUCCUCUCUUUGCCUUAUUACUUAUUACCACUUCAACACAUUCAUUUGUUUUCUUUACCUGUAUUUCGUUACAUUAUUUUUUAUUGCAUUUACAGCCACAUAUUCUUUUCUCGCCUUCACCAAUAAAUAUAUAUAUAUAUAUAUAUAUAUAUAAUAAAUAAGUUGUACACAGUCUUAUGUUCCAUCCUUUUGAUUUAAGCAGGAGCUUACGAUCUUGCCUUAUUUUACUCGCCUGUUCCUUGAUUGGUGCUUUGACUUC